CACUUCCCAUGGAAUAGUACAGUCAAUUAGUUAUAAAUAAAUACAUUCAAAUUGAUCUAGUUUGCAAUAAAGAUAGAUCUAGAUACAUAUUUUAAUCUUAAGUAUCUAAUUAAUCCUCAGAUCGCACACGUUAAAAUAAAAUGGCGUCUGUGAUUAAUUCAGUGGACACAGCUCAUGAAGAUAUGAUACAUGAUGCUCAAUUAGAUUAUUAUGGUACUAAACUGGCGACAUGCUCUUCUGACAGAUCUAUUAGAAUCUUUGAUGUCACAAAUGGCCAGCAAACACUCAUCACACAACUAAGAGGGCAUGAAGGUCCUGUGUGGCAACUCUCCUGGGCCCACCCAAUGUUUGGCAACAUGCUGGCCUCGUGUGGCUAUGACAGAAAGGUCAUUAUCUGGAAAGAAACCAAUGGUGUUUGGGGAAAACUGUAUGAGUAUACACAACAUGAUUCCUCAGUGAAUUCUGUCAGCUUUGCACCUCAUGAGUAUGGUUUGAUGUUAGCUUGUGGAAGUUCUGAUGGCUCCAUCUCUGUUAUCACAAAUGCAGGUGAUGGCUCAUGGGACAGUAAGAAAAUAAACAAUGCCCAUACUAUUGGAUGCAAUGCUGUAAGCUGGGCUCCUGCAACAGCUCCCAAUUCAUUGUUUGAUAGUCAGAGUGUCCAGCAGGGUCUGGUGAAGAGGUUUGUUUCUGGAGGAUGUGACUUCCUUGUCAAAAUAUGGGUAGAAGACAAUGGUCAGUGGAUAGAAGAACAGAAACUCGAGGGUCACAGUGAUUGGGUACGAGAUGUUGCCUGGGCACAGUCCAUUGGUCUGCCAAAGUCAAUAAUAGCCUCCUGCUCACAGGAUUGUCGAGUGAUCAUCUGGACAAAUGAUGGUGUCAGCAAUUCCUGGACAUCGAAAAUACUUCACAAGUUUGAUGAUGUUGUGUGGCAUGUCAGUUGGUCAACUACAGGCAACAUAUUGGCAGUGUCUGGGGGAGAUAACAAGGUGACUUUAUGGAAAGAAAAUCUUGAAUCCCAGUGGGUGUGUAUCAGUGACAUACACAAAGGUCACGGGACCAUUGGAGAAAGACCAUCGUCAGGAUGAUAGUGGACCAUAUUUAUUUUAAUAUCAAAUUAUUAUUUUUUUGUAGCACAAGGCGGCCAUAUAAUUAUUUUACUCAUUCGUAACAUUAGGAAUUUUAGAAUUUAAAUAUCAAUUUAAAUGAUCAAAAUUGUGUUCAAACUACAAUAAAACAUUUAUCUUUUAAUAUCUUCUUUUGUUUUCUCCAAUAUUUAGUGUUAUUAAUUGGCUUAUAUGAAAAAUAUAUUCAAGCUUUUUUAUACUUUGACUUUGUAUUUUUCUUGUCAUUUGAGUAUUGUUAGCCUUGUCUAUCUAGCUAUUAAAGUGAACAUAAUGAGUUAAUUAGACCAAAAAAAAAAAGUAUUUUCUAGUGUACAUACAGGAUGAAUGAAAAAAAUAUUUUUGACUUUGUUCUGAAAUAAAAAUGUGUGUAAUAUGUUUUGAUGUUUCCUAGUCUCAGUGCUGUUAAACACAUGAAUUUUAUGUCCAUUUUAUGUCAGUGUUUAGAUGUUUAUAAGGAUGUUCCAUGAACGCAAGAUGGCAACACUGAGAAAAGAUUAAAUAAAAAAAAAUUGUUUCUGUAUGUUGACAA